GGCAUUUCUCUCCUCUCGAGCUGUCACGCUGACAGCUCAGGGGACAUCUACACUGAUCAUCAGGGCACUGAUGAUCAGUGUGGCCCCAGAAGUGGCACCUGUCAGUGUCCAUCAGUGCCAGCUGUCAGUGCUGAACAGUGCCACAUAUCAGUGCCUACCAGUGCACAGCAAUGCCACAUAUCAAUGCCAAUCUGAGCUGCAUUUCAGUGUCACCCAUCAGUGCCAGUCAGUGCCGCCUAUCAGUGCCAGUCAGUGCCGCCUAUCAGUGCCAGUCAGUGCCACCUAUCAGUGCCAGUCAGUGCCGCCUAUCAGUGCCAGUCAGUGCCACCUAUCAGUGCCAGUCAGUGCCACCUAUCAG